UCUAGAAGAAUCUCCAGGUUUUGUAGGAUAUGGAUUUGUUCAUUCCAGUCAGAGUGAUUGACCCUCUUUGGAUGAACAGUUCUUCAAUGCCAGACGAUACUGGCAGCCAGUAUCUGGAUUUUGCAAAUCAUUCCUUGCUGAACGACACCAACCUACAUUUAAAUUCAAGCCUCCUUCCAACUUUUCAGCAGCUCAACAAUACCAGCACUCAGCUUCUGGGGACGUGGAGCGCAGAUCAGACCUGGCCCGAGGGCCCGCAAGUCCUCAUCGUCCCUCUGAUAUUCUUCUUGGUGUUUGUUUUUGGCGUGGUCGGAAACACUCUGGUCAUUGCAGUCCUGAUCCUUAACAAAAGAGGCAAGAACGGCUCCACCACCAACAUCCUGAUUCUGAACUUAAGCGUUGCGGACCUGGCUUUCCUCCUGUUCUGCGUCCCAUUCCAAGCAACCAUAUACUCCCUCCCGCAGUGGAUCUUUGGACCUCUUCUUUGCAAGUUCGUGCAUUAUUUUGUCACCGUCACCAUGCUCGUUAGCAUCUUCACCCUGGCUGCCAUGUCUAUUGACCGUUACAUUGCAGUUGUGCACCAUGCCAAGAUCUCCCCUGGGUUUCGCAGCAGAAGGAAUGCCAUGUGGGGAAUGGGGGUAGUCUGGGCUUUGUCACUAUCUGUGGCCGCUCCAGUAGCCCACCAUCAGACCUAUGUUACUGGAUAUUACGAGGCUCCCAAUAGCACAUUCUGCUGGAAUCUGUGGGAAGACCAGGCACAGAAACAGACCUACACAGCUGCCAUUCUCGUUCUAGGAUACCUGCUGCCAUUGAUUCUGAUAUCGUGUUGCUAUGUUCAAGUUCUGAAUCAUCUUCACAAGAAUAUUCGGGUCAUGUCCAAGAAAUCGGAGCGCUCAAAACGAAAGACCACUCAGACAGUGCUGGCGGUGGUGGCCCUGUUUUCUUUCUGCUGGCUCCCCCAUCACGUGGUCUCCAUGUGGGCAGACUUUGGUUAUUUCCCCCUGACAGACGCCUCCUUUGCCCUGCGCAUCUCUGCGCACUGCCUGGCCUACGCUAACUCCUGCUUCAACCCCCUCAUCUAUGCCUUCCUGUCUGAGAACUUCCGGCAGGCCUACAGGGAGGUCAUCCACUGCCCCAGGCCCAGACCCAAGCGCUCAGUGGAGGAUGUGAGCUGCGCCCUGGUCUCUGGGAGAUCCGAGAAUACCUUGAACACCACACACUCCAGCACUAACAUGUGAUCUUGGGAACUGACCACCACACACUCCACCACUAACAUGUGACUGACCACCACACACUCCAGCAUUAAUAUGUAAACUGACCACUAAUAUAAUAACUUAUUGUGAACUGACCACUACACAAUUCAUCAUUAAUAUGUAAACUGACCACUAAACAAUUCAUCAAUAAUAUGUAAACUGACCACUAAACAAUUCAUCAUUAAUAUGUGAACUGACCACUACACAAUAUAGCAUUAUUUUGUGAACUGACCAUUAAUAUAAGAUCUUAUUGUGAAUGGACCGGUACACAAGCCAGCAGUAAUAUGUGAACUGACCACUAAUACAAUGUCUUAUUGGGAACUGACCACUACAAAACUGCACCAUUAAUAUGUGACCUGACCACUAAUAUGUAAACUUUUUGUGAACUGACCAUUGCACAAUAUAUCAGUAUUUGAACUGACCACUUAUAUUUGAAUUGACCACUACACACUCCAGCACUAAAAUGUAAACUGAUAGCUUACUGGGGAACGUUUUGUAAACUUACCACCAAUAUAUGACAUUUUAAUGAAUUCAACAGAUGUUAAAAAUAUGUGAAUUAUCCACAUUUUAACCGCAGACAGAGAAUUACCCUGAAGACACCCUGGCUUGCAGAACCAUGAGCAGACCACAGCAUUACCAGAUACUUCACAAUGCACUGGAAACAGAAUAGAUAUGCUAGCCACUGUCAGUCUGUCUGUCUGUGUCUCGUACUAGGUAUACUAACAAAACAAUUUGCAACAAAAUGAUAUUGGACUUUUGAUGAAGUUGU